GGAAGCUUUUUUAUCUUACUGUGGCUGUCUGUACGCUGCCUUCUCUGCAGACAGGCACCGGGCCGCUGGAUGAUGGCGUUAACGGGGCUGCUGCUGCUGGAGUUGGGUCUGUACGCCAGCUGUUUCGUCUGUGGGAUUGUCGCCGCCGCAUCCAUCACCAUCGUCCAGGGUAAUUUUGGAGGUCUGUGUGUGCUGUAUGGACUUGUCAACUACAAUACAACUGCAAGCCUUAUUGGAGUCCAGUCUUCCAGCGCUCCGUCUCUGUGUUACUUUGUGUCAGCCAUAUCAGUGCUGGUGGCAGUGGUGUGCUUCUCGCUGUCUAUGUACUGGGUGUACACUUUCUGCAUCGAUGGGGACAUCAGAAGGGAGCGAGUGUGGAUGAACCUGAUUGUGGUUGUGUGCGGCGUCUUCCUGUUCUUCCUGCUCAUCACAGGGUGCAUGUUGAAGAUCGGACGCGACUCACUCUGCAACUCUGUCAUACACACCGUUCCCAACAUUACCAGAUGUGAGGAGGCCCAGACUAAAAACUGGGUCAGUCCGCUUAAAGGAGGAAGGUUCUACAACAGUCUUCACAAAGCUGAGAUGGCAGUGUGGGUCAACUUCUUCUUCUGGCUCAUCAUCGGGGUUCUGGUGAUCGUUCAGAGGCGUCAGAGUUCAGGGUCGAAAGUGAUUGUGGGAGGGUAUGGCGGGCCGGCUGGUGGGCUUUUCGGUGACCCGGGGGUGACGGCUGCAGAGACGGAGCCAUUUUUCAACCGUCCUCCAAGGCCACAGUGAGGACGGGUGUCACAGAGGUGUUACAAAAACACACACAUUAGCACGAAACGAUAAUGUGAGAGUAGAUGUGGAAAAAGGGUAAAUACAUUUAGUGCACACCUGUUUGUGUUUCAUACGUUAGAAGACUUUUCCAGCGAUAACUUUGUUUAUGGUCUUACAGCACAUAGAUGCAAUAGAAGCAUUACGCCACGACGAGGAUGGGAUUCGAACCCACGCGUGCAGAGCACAAUGGAUUAGCAGUCCAUCGCCUUAACCACUCGGCCACCUCGUCAGGCACUACAACUGUUAUAAAACCACCAACACUGCAUGUGUGUCAGGGCAUGUGUGAAGCACGUUGAUCACAUAAUCCAAAGAUUGAACUGUUAAUAUGUCCAUUUACCCAUUUCCCAUAUUUACCUUAUCUCACUUACUAAAGCCAUUUCUAAUGUCUGACUGCUGGAUCACACAGAAAUGUGGAUUUGUGUUUACAUGACCAAGAAAUAGUGGAAUGCUCAUUGCAGGCAUUCAUUUUAUAUUUCACCAGUCUGUUCAGAUUUUAUACUUUUGAUGUUACUUGCAGGUGUUUCCUGUGCAAAACACUGUCACUCCACAAUAGCUUCAAGUCACCUAUUUAAUCACCUUUUUGGCUGUUUGUAGUGAUGACACAUGUUGUGCUACUUUUUAAAACAAUAAACCAAAGAGUUUAAAUACAA